AAUUUGAUAUUGAAAAAGAUUGAAAGUUCUCUCUCUCUCUCGAUCGCAUUAUUUCGCGGUUGAAUUUUCUAUCCAAGUUGUACGUGGCUCUCGUAUAUACCUAUACACCCACUCUCGCACUGAAUUUAUAACGAAGAAAACGCGCGAAGAAGUUUAUUCCGCCACUCUAUGAGAUUAGAUACGUUCGUGCUUGAGAAUCCCAAUGUGUUCGUCCAUUAUACAUAUUAUAUCGUAACCAUCUAUAAAUGCAGUUUGUCGACUUUUUAAUUAGUUAUAUCAAGUCUGACGAUGUGGACGUACUUUGGGAACAAAUAGAUACGUUAUCGGAAACGGAUCGGCAAUGGAGCACGAUUAAGCUAAUAGAGAAUUUGCGUUUUGUUCGAUCGAUGUAAUCUGUGGUUCGGCUUUUCACAGGAUGCCAGACGAAUAGAGAAACGUUUCGUUCUCGAUGAUCGAGUUGCUUUGGCUUCGGCCAUCGUACCUAUAUUCCAAGCUCCGAGUUGUUAGCGAUAUCGCAUCGCGUCAAGUCGCGUCGAUUCGUUGAAGGGCUUCGCAGGCUAGUCGUGACCAAGCCCUCGAGGCUUCCUUCAUCGAAAGCGAACUACGACGUCCUGCCUACCGAAUGCACAAUGGAAUUUCUAAUCAACGACCUAAUUCUAACUCUUAAUUAGAAGUAGGCGUUAGCAACGGUAGUUGUUAGCGAACCUAGCCGGAUGUUUCAUUCGAGCGUCCCUUCGAUCCCUUCGAAUAAUAAUCGAACGAGAUCCAACGGAGCACGUACUUACUUACGAUCGUCCACUUCACUGCGUCUUUUACUACAAUAUAAAUCUUGAAAAUUCCUACGGAUCUUGGGAAUAUUUCUCAAAGGAAAGACGACGACGACGACGACGACGACGACGACGAAUACCCAAUAAAUCUAAGAUGUCCGUUUCAUUGAAUUAUGAGAGAUAUGGAUCGGCUCGUGGAUAGAAUGUUUGCGUUUCCAUGAGUUUGACUAAUGGCAAAAGGGUCGAUGAAAUUCUUCAAAAAUAACCCCUUUUUAUUUAUUUAUCCGAUCUUUGUUGUCGUUUCUCUUAUUUUGACAAUUUUGACAAUUUGUCACGAAUCAACGUGUAAAAAGGUUCAAUAACAUAUUCGCGGUAGAGAAAUUCUAUGCAAUGAAGUUUUCAGAGAGGAUAGGUCCUUUUGUGUUGCAAGUCGUAGCGGUUUAUACUACUCUGACGCGUCGCCGAGGGCGUGCAAAUCUGCAAAGCAAAAGCCAGAGAGAGAGAGAGAGAGAGAGAGAGAGAGAGAAAGUUGCAAAAUUCCGAAAAGAUACAUUCCGACGGAUGCAGUAUUCGAGAAUCGUCGUUACAGUUGUAAGUCAUGUCUUUCCUUGCUGUUGUCUCACACAAGCGCAAAGCUUGUGCGCCAUGGAAACAACAGGAUACGAGAAACGUCCGAGCGAAGGAUUUUUAUUGCUUGCCGCGGGCUCCUAGUCGUCGCUUGCUCGUCGACUAAAUCUAUCGAUCGUGCUUUGUGUCGUAUUUCCGAAAAAAACCUACCUAGGUGUAUGCACACGCGUAUUGCGAAUCGACUAUUUAUAAAGGGUAUCUAUAAAAGUAUCAAAAAAAAAAAAAAGCAAGAAAAUGAAAUAUGCCAUGUGUAGGCAAACCUAUGGGCAAACGGAAACUGCGCGUUAUCGUCGCUGACAUGAACGAUUAAUUCGAUCCAAUUCCAAUUGGAGAAUGAAUGGACAAGAAUUUCGUUCUUCUGCUAGUACAUUUUACCUCCAAAUCCUACACGCAAUUCUACACGCAAUCCUACACGCGAGCAUUCUUUCACAAUUUUUCUUCGAAAAUAUCUAAUAUCUAGAUACGUAGGUAGGUAUAACACGCAGACGUAUACAUUGGAUCCUGAAAGAAACAUGGGCGAAAGGAAAAAAGUAAAAACGUAAAUUCACGCGGGUUUUCUUCCUAAUCCAAAGGUUUUAUAGAAUUUAUAGUACGCGGUCGUUGGCUUUUCAUAUUUAUCGUAAAAGCGAAAGGAAAAUACGAAGGGGAUGAAUUUGACGCGUUACACGUUACAUUCGAUUCCCUUUCCACAUACUUUCCACACACUUUCUACGUAUAUACACUGACAAAAGUACUGCAUUAUUUAGUAUAUUUUUUUUUUCUUCUACAACUGCUAGGUACGCGAUGUCGCGCAAAACACUGGCAAAACUUUUCAACUUGGACUCCUUUCCGCUUCACAUAAUUCAUGCACGCGGAUGCGAUUAUUACGUUGGAUUUAUCGUACAGUUUUCAAUCAUUUUGUUUCCGAUGCAAUUCAAUAAGUUUACAAUAAUAGGGGGUAUUACGAAUAAGUACAACAAUACACGCAGCCAUACGGUCCAAUGAUCCAAGUUAACUAAAGAUAGGAAGGACUUUUUGUUUGCAGUUGGAACGACUGGAAAUUGUAAUGUUUGCUUUAGCGCAAUCGCGACUUGUGCAAUUUACAGGAAAGGAGGAGGACUCUUCUCGGGGUUGCUUUUCAACGCGUGCGUAGACAGCCUGACGAAGAAUGCUCGGUGAAAGCGAGCGAAUAUCCUUUUCAAUGGGCCGACGAGUGCCCAGAGGCCUCUCUCUUUCUCUUUCUCUUUUUCUUUUUCUUUUCUCCUCUUCAUUCAGCAUCCCUUACUUUUUUCUACCUUUUACAUCCUCACCCACGUGAUCUCCACGAUGCUCGCGAGAUAUUCGUUCGCCACGUUUUCACGUUUUUUCUAUACUCUUUCGCUCUUUCGUUUCUUGUUGCGUAGUAUCUAGGUCACGAGAUAUACCAAAAAAAAAAAGAAAAAAAAGACAAUUAUUUCAAAGUCCAAAACAAAAAAGAUGAAAUAUUACAACGAAACGAAUUUUCUUCACCUGUAUUCGACUAUGAUUAUUUCUAUCUCUACUAAAGAGUCUUACUUUAGUUAGUAAGAAUGUCAUAGAUUUUAAAUGCACCGAAUAAUACGACGUUACGCUCAUCCGCAAGAGAUUAUCUGUAAAACUCGUUUUGAAGGAAGAUUACGUUUGUAGCCAGUUGCUGUCGUACACUCGUGUCUCCUCUUUCAUACGUAUCGUCAAAUUGAUAAAAUAACUGGAGAAAAGGCAAGUGAAUUUUAUCGAUUUACGCUUAUCGCGUAAUCGCCUUUUACCUUUGAAAUAUUUCGCCAAAUAAUUCGAAAUAAACGGUUCAAAGUGUGCUUUUCUUUUUUUUUCUUUCUUGUUAAAUGAAAAAAAGAAAAAAACAGAAAUUUCAAAUACAUCGAUAAUUAUCGCGCGUAAACAAUGUCGGUAAAAAAAAAAAGAUAGGAAGAAAAUCAAAGAGGAUUUGGAAAUACCGACGGAGCAAAGAAACGGUGAAAGUGAGUAAUAGUGGGUGGUGAAGGGUGGGGGGUAGAAGCAGGGAGCUGGAUACUACGUGUUUCAAGUUGUACUUUAAAACUUGAGAUUGAAGCAUCGUUUCUCAUUUAUUUGCACCACGCGAGAACAAAGGCGCAAAGCCAGCGGGUAAAUUCAAUCCAACAUUUUAUGCUUAACGAGAUAACCUGUCAUCCUCGCCCUCGUCGUCGUCGUCGUCGUCGUCGUCGCUUUGUUGAUUCCUACUUUGCGAGUAAUAACUAAUGUAAUGACGACGAGAAAUAAACGCGAUAAGAUUAGAAAUAAUAUGGAGGGCGAAGGAAUACCGUACGACGAUCCACGCUUCGUGGAAAUUCUGGAAGCCUGUUUGCGCGUGGAAAUUGGCACUUACAAAGAGUCAUACGACAAAACUCAGGCUGAAAUAAAGAAGAUAAAAAGAAACGUUCUAAUGAAGUUAGAGAGGAGAAAGGAGCUUAAGAUAAAGAUAAAAGAUGCCGAAGACGUAAUAUCGAUGUUGAACCUUGCUUUUCAAAGAUUGCGAAAAGAAUCGAAAGAAACUAAGCAAAAGAUCGAUUUCAUCGAAGCGAAUGUCGACCAUCGUUCCAAAUUAAUGUUGCUAGAGAUUCAACGAUACGAAAACAUUCUACAAGAAUAUCAGACAACUUGGCAAGCUUAUCGCGCCGAAUACGAAGAAUUUCCUUUGGCUAAAAAACGUAACGAGGCAGAAGUCCAUUUGAAGAAGAUUACCAUCGAGAAAAUGAUUCUCGAAUUUAAGAUAAAAGAUUUGGAAAGGAAAAUCGAGAUGGAAAAGAGGAUCGAUGAAAUUAGGAUGAGAUUUAAAAUAAUAGAAUUUGUUAAAGCAAUGAAAAAUAAUGAAAAAUUGGAGCGAAGAUUAGUCGAGUUGAAGAACAAAAUCGAUUGCUUAAAGAAGCAACAACAUUCGAACGAAUUGGAGUUAAAAUCUUUGGACAAACAAGAAGAGGAAGCAAAGAAAAAACGAGCGAUGAAAUUAUUGGAAAUGCCCCCGCCGAAAAUCAAUUUGUCACGAUUACGGUUAAAUUAUUCGCGCAAUUGGAAGGAUUGGGAAUUUAAAAAACAAUCGUCGCAUAUUGAUGCUGAUUCAAUAUCGGUUAAUACGAUCGCUUUGGAAGAGAUGUGCAUAACAGAUGAAACUCUCGAUGGUACGUCGAAAAAAAAUGAUUGGACAAACCAUGGAACAAACGAUGAAAAACGAUCAACAACGAUCAAAAAGAUUACCACAGAGAAGUCGUUUACGGCAGUAGCAACGCCUUUGCAAAAGAUUCACAAUAAGAAUACAUUAUCCUUUUCGAGCAAUUCCGGAUCGAUCGCAAAACAAACGAACUUUGAAGAAAAGAAUGAUAGUCGAUAUACGACGCCAAUGUGCGUAGAAGAAGAAUGCUUAGCUAAUUACAACAGUGGAAGUAAUCGAUUCCCGAACGAUACAUGCGAACCCAAGAGGAUGAAAUUGAUGCACAACGAUGACGAAAAUAUUGAUUCGGAAGUAUUGGAAACUCCGAAAAAAUCUACUCCCUGUCCACGAGUUACAAAAAUCGAGAAAGUGCAAUACGGUAUCACGCCUUCGAUAAAACGUAAAAAUACUUUUAACUUUUCGAAUAAUUUUGAUUACGAAACAAAUGCGAGUCGUGCGUCUUCUUUCACGUUAAACGAAGCUUUGAUGAUCAAAGACUUAAACGCUUCGAGAUCUAUACAGCCUUUCAUGUACGACGACAACUCGAGAAACUUUCAAAUAUCCGAUUGCGAAAAUGUUUCAAAUUUAGGCGAUUUCGCUGUAAAUGCGGAUUCCAUUGAUGAGGUUUGCGAAAAAAAGGAGAAAAAAACGUUGCAAGAAGAGACACCUCGUUUCAAUUUCUCCGAUCUGUUGAAAAUGAAGGCCGAUAAUAAUUUUCGUAUCUUUUAAGGUACUGCUGCCUAUUUUCUUUUCUUUUUUUUUUCUAUUUCACAAUGAUAUGUUUUAUUUAGUUAUUCUCCUAUCGAAAGGUUAUCGUUAUGUUUAAUUGAAUUAUUAAUAAACAUAAGUAUAAAUGUAAGAGAUAUCAAACAGAGUGUUUAUUAAGAGAGAAGAAAAAUUCCAUUUGCCAGAGUCCCUAUGCGAGCACCGACCAUAUUAAGUUUCGCUAUCGAAUAAAGUAAUACGAUAUAUCUUACGUAAACUUGGAUAUAACUCUAUGUACAAGUGAUACGUAUUAUUUUAUGAGACAUUCGAUACUCGUCGAAAUACAGGAAUUGUGUGUUGA